UUUCCGUCUGUUUCUUGUUGCAUUUACCACAAACAUGACCACUGCAACACCCACACUCUUCCAAUCUCUCCCGCCAAUUCCACCUCCUACAAAUCCGCAUACCAGCCAUCACCGACCUCCACUACCGGCACUUAGUCAAGUUACCGGAGGGAGAAGACGGAAGUCGUUUCCGUUUGCUCUAGAAGCCAAGAUGAUUAUCACGCCACUAUCAAGGCCCUCAAUUCCAGAGGUCGCUUUCCGAGAAAAUCUCUCAGCCAGCAUUACAUGUCGAAUUCUGAAAUUAACGAGCAGCUUUCUCUUGCGGCUAAUGUUAAGCAAGGGAUCUGGUGUUAGACAUUGGACCUGGAACUGGAUCUCUGACCAACGUCCUUAUAAAUGCUGGUGCUAUCGUCCUUGCAAUCGAAAAAGCUACAGAAUUAUGCACUCUUUGAGUUAUGUGCUACGGGAUCCACACAUGGCUGACCUUGUGAGAGAAAGGUUUGCAGGCAUAGACCAGUUCAAGGUUUUGCAGGUGGACUUCGCUAAGUGUCACAUUCACUCCCACAUGAUCUCAUUGUUGGAAAGUAGAAAGUCUUUAGCUGCAAACUCAAGCCAUGCAAAAUGAGCUAAUUCCAUGGGGCCAUUUGGUUCAUUAAUGCUGGUAACAUUAAAAGACAGCAUUCAAGUACAAAUACGUGCAUUUUGUUCUAAAAACCCAGCCUUUUCGAAGGAGGAUGGAAAAUGUGACAAAAGUUGGCUUUCAAGAUAUUUAUAUCUUGGCAUUAAGAAACUGGGGGUAUUAAGGCCCUUCCUUACUUGCAAAUUGCCUCCACCACACCUCAUCGUCAAUUGAUUCAGAUAUCUGAGUGCCACAGGAACAUCUUUACUCUACUGUGACAGGUAUGGCAUUGCCCUCUCUUUCUCUGUCCUACUCCUUGCUUUUACUCUCUUUUCUCUGUUCAUCCGUUUGCCUUGUGGGGUCGUAUCCCUGUACCUUUUUAAGUUACCUAGUUGGUUGUGUAACUUAAAACAGCUGAUGCUAGGAUAUUAAUUUAGUCUGUUUGAGUUACUUAUGAUUUUCAAAUGAAUUCUUGAAAGGAUUAGAUUAAUACACACGAGGCGCUUUUUAUAUGCAUAUGAAUAACACCCUUAUUUUUUUUGUAAAGUUAUGUUUAUUAAUGCUGCAUUAGGAUGAUUAUGAGAGUUGUCUUUUCUUUAUUUGUGCUUUCAUUAUGACUCUCUAUUCUUUAUUUGUGCUUGACAUUACUGUUUGUGGUUUGCAUUUCCGAACCAUGGAGUUAUAAUUAUAACAGUCUUACCUUAUAAUUUUGCUCUGUUUAGGGAUGUUGUUACUAAUUUCCAAGCAAUUGUGACUAUUAUGGUAUGGUUUAUUUCCUUAGGCUAUGUUAACCAAAUCAUAACCAUGCUAAUGGAGGAAAUGAUAACUGACUUGAGUUUGAUAUGGUUGAGUGGCAUAACCAACUUAUCUUCUUCCUGAAUAUAUCUAUGUAUAUGUAUGUAUACUGGAUUCUUAUUGUCUCACUGAAAAAAACAUUGUGUUAGUGCUUCUACUGGAAGAACUUCAUAUCAAUGUUAGUUUCUUCUCCCAUCAAGCAAAAAGAGAAAAUUUUUUUGGAUAAUGACUAUCUACUUUAAAAGAAAGAACUGGUAUAAAAUCUUGAUAGUCAAGAGGUGUAGGUGAUUGACUGUGUAAAGAUUUGGUCAUUUGAUAUUACUCAGUGUUCCUUGUUUGCCUUGCAGACUUUAAAGGUUUAUUAUCUUUUUAAACUUCUGUUUUUGGGGCUUUUUUCCUUUUAAUGGUUCCAUUUGUAAUCUUAGGAAAGGAUUGCUUAUUUUGGUUGAAGGGUUUAUGCUGUAUUAAAAUACUUUCCUUAUCCUUGCUAGCAUUUAGGAGUCCAUGCGAAAUAGUUCUUAUGUAACGACCCUGGAAAUAUUAAA